AAAACUAAAAUCAUGAAGCUUUUUCUGAAUCCUUUGGUGACUAGUUUGCUGGGUUGUGCGGUAGGCACUUGGAUUUGUUACACGUUACUCGACGAACAUAAGAAAAAGCCACUCGUUUCAGAAAGAGUAACGGAACACGUUCGAGCAAGAUCGACAGCGACUGAGGCCGAUGAUGAUGAUGAAUUGAUUGUGGAAACAAGAGACGGUUCCCCUCUGCAUUUUAUAACCAAAAUUAAAUCUUACACCUUUUGUUUACUGCAUCCGGUUGAUAAAUUGGAAACUAGGGAAUUUGAAGCCGGAGAUCAUAAAUGGUAUGUUGCUAAUCAGUUAUAUCGAUUCUUUAUAGAGUUAACUUUUUAACUUAUGGUGUUCUAAUUUAUGAC